AUGUGCGAUGCAGUGUUUAUCCAAGCAAAUGAUGCCACUGGGGACAUUGUGGCCCUGAAGACUCUUCGGGACCUGCAGGUGCUACUCCUCGCAAACACCCAGGUGAGUGGGGACAUUGCGGCCCUGAAGACUCUCCGGGGCCUGCAGGGGCUGGACCUCUCAAACACCCAGGUAAGUGGGGACAUCGAUGCCCUGAAGACUCUCGGGCGCGUGGAGGGGGUGUCCCUCGCAAACACCCAGGUGAGUGGGGACAUCGAUGCCCUGAAGACUCUCGGGCGGCUGCAGGAUCUAGACCUUGAAAACACCCAGGUGAGUGGGGACAUCGAAGCCCUGAAGACUCUCGUGGGCCUCCAGGCGCUGAGCCUCGCAAACACCCUGCAGGUGAGUGGGGACAUCGAUGCCCUGAAGACUCUCGGGCACCUGCAGUGGCUGUACCUGGAAAACACCCAGGUGAGUGGGCGCAUCGAUGCCCUGAAGACUCUCGGGAACCUGCAGUGGCUGUUCCUCCAAAACACCCAGGUGAGUGGGGACAUUGCGGCCCUGAAGACUCUCGCGCACCUGCAGCACCUGCACCUCGGCAACACCCAGGUCACUGGCAACGUCGAUGCCCUGAAGACUCUCAGGGACCUGCAGCGCCUGUACCUCGAAAACACCCAGGUCACUGGCAACAUCGAUGCCCUGAAGACUCUCGGGGACUUGCAGGAGCUGGACCUCAGUAACACCAGCGCGAAGGGAAAUGUCACGAUAGCCAUUCAGUGGAAGAAGCUUGAGAAAUUGAACCUCCGCGCAACAAGCGUUUCGGGUUGGAUAGACCCCUCCACAUGGAAGGGCUGCUGCCAACAGCUUCGGACACUGGAUCUGGCAGCCACGGGCUCAGUCGACCGUUGCCGGCUGAACGCAUCAAUAGAGGACCUGCUCUACCCCCUGCUGGACAGCAGCCUCGUCACCGUUGGCGCAUCAGCUUGUGGCCUUGUUGGAGAUGUCCCGCACCUAUCAGGUGUUGCAGCUCGAAAGGACGGGAUGGCCUUCUCGAAAUACUAUGGCAAGCUUGCGCAAUCGCUCCAGGUCCUAGACCUAUCCUCCAACCGAUUGGCCUCCCUGCCGGCUGUCCCUGUCGCGACGCGGCUCGUGCUGAGCCAGAAUGAAAUCCCCAUCACCGUGACCCCAUCUGCCCUGGCUGAAGCCUUGAGAAAGGGCGCUGAGGUGUGGUUGGAGCACGCGGAGGUCGCCAACUGGCAGGAACUGGAACUUUCGCUGCCAAAGGAGCUCCAACUACAAGAAACCUUCGGAGAAACCCGCGAGGGCUUUGCUUGCAAGCAGCUGGUGGAACCCUUGCUGCGGGUCACACCAAGUGUCUUCAUGCCGGAAAGGAUGUGUGCCUGCCAACCAGGCUACAAAGGGUCCGCGAUUCACUGCUCUCCUUGCCAAGACAACACCUACACCAAUGCCACCAACUCCGCACGGUGCGACCCAUGUCCGCUGCACAGCGUCGCGCCUGACGGCGCGGCCUCCUGGCGUUCUUGCCGCUGCCUCUUCGGAGAGAUCCAGUGGCAUCAGGGCGCUUUGAGAUGCCAAUGCCUCCGUGAAACCGCCUUAGUGGAUGAACCCGACGGAACGCUGUGA